AUGCUUGUCCUGGGCAAGGAACUCAUGAACCUGGCUGCCACCUCCUCCUGCACUGCCAUAGUUGGCUUCUUUGCUACUAAGUGUGGCGUGGUGCUCAACUCCCACUUCAGCAAGCUGCUGGACAGCAGAUAUGCCCCAUGGAUGCUCAUUGAAUUUGUGUCUGCCAGUGGCCUCUGUAAGGCCCUCAUGCUCAGCGGCACCAAACAUUUCAAUGGUAAGGUCAUCUCUGUGGUCCAAGCCAAGUCAGUGGAGGAAUGGGAGGCCAAAGUCAAGGCCUGUGCUGCUGAUCAAUGCAAGCGUGCCAAUAGAUCUACUGAGACUCAAGCCAGACAGCUUCACCAAGCUGAACAGAAGGCCCACAAUGACUCUGCCAUUGCUGAAUACGCCCAGCGGGCUGAAGCUGUGGCUGUGGGCUUCAGCCCCAUCAUCUAA